AUGGUCGUCUACUCCUUUUACAUCUUCGACCGCCAUGCGGAGUGUAUCUACAAGCGUCGCUGGCUUCCUCGUCCGUCGUCCAUUGCCGGCAAAUCAUCGCGUCCCACUUCAGAGAUCGCGGGUCCUCAGGGUGGAAUGCCGGCCGCCUUGGGGGAAACCGCUCGAACCACCGACGACGAUGCCAAGCUGAUAUUUGGCACAGUGUUCUCGCUGCGGAACAUGGUACGCAAAUUGGGAGGGGAGGAUGACAGCUUUGUAACAUAUCGCACCAGCCAAUACAGGCUCCACUAUUAUGAGACGCCGACCAACAUCAAGUUCGUCAUGCUUACCGACGUGAAGAGUCCAAGCAUGCGGGUGGCCUUGCAGCAGAUAUACAUCAAUCUUUAUGUUGAAUACGUUGUUAAGAAUCCCUUGUCUCCAAUUGAGCACCCCGGUGGUGUAGGAGUGAACAAUGAACUUUUCGAAGAGUCUUUGGAGCAAUUUGUGGUAUGCUGUCGAGUUUCCCUUGUCGGGAUUGCGUCUAAUUAA